UACCUUCUCUGCGUCGUAGGCGGGUAGCGAGCGCGCCGAGCACGGGAGGAUGCAGCGCCCGCUGUGGCCUGGGGGCUCCGGGGGGCUCCGGCUGCUGCUCUGCUUCCUGCUGCUGAACAGCCGCCCAGGGGGCUGCAGCGACAUUAGUGGCCACGACAGUCAGGGCCAAGUGGGAGUGGGGCAACUCUGGCCCCUCCAAGGAUUUGCCACCCCAGUCUUCCAGCACUUGCAAGUUAUACUCCAGCAGAUUGUGCCCCAAGGUUUGUUCUGGAAGGAUGACAUGACCCAGGCUGUGAUGACCCAGAAGAUGGAGCACAUCAGCAGACUCAACCCCCAAGAUCCAUGUCUGAGGGAUGGACAGGAAGCCUUUCCCACCAAAACCACUGGGGUGAGGGGCAAGCAAGAGGACAAACUUCGGCUCCUAUUCCCCAAGAGCCCAAUGGCCAAGGUGAACAGGGAUCAGUGCUUUACUUCCAAAGUUGUUUCCAAGGCCCUGAAACGAGAGGUGGCUAACCCUGUCAAGGGCUUCUUUGAGCCCCUCCCCACUGUGGGCCACAACCUUGUUGCUGACUGAGACCUCGUGUGAAGCCUCUCUGCCCCAGUGCCCUCCCCAUUGCCCUCCAGAGGGGCAGUUCUAGAAUGAUCCAAAUCUAGAUCAUUAAAGUGACUUUCCUGC